AUGCAAAAUAACACAACACUGGAUCAAACAGACGACUUUUUCUUCACACCGGAGAGCCAAAGUUCAUUAAUAUGCAAGUCUGUUGCCGUGGCAAUAGUUGCUAUGGUAGCAAUUGUAGGGAAUUUCUUAGUCGUGCACACCGUCUGGACCAACCAACGAAUGCAAACAGCGACGAAUUACUUGAUAGUUAACAUGGCAAUUGCUGAUUUGCUCUACAUGGUCCUCGUCAUCCCGCCAACGUUCAUCGUGAUUUAUGGAAGCUACGAAUGGCCAUUCAGAUACUCCGGACGAGCGAUAUACUUCUGCCAAGUGGUCCACUUCGGACAGUACCUCCUAGUCCCUGUGUCAGUCCUAACGCUCGCUACCAUAGCAACGGAUCGAUUCUUCGCGAUAACAAUGCCGAUGAAGAGACUGUUUACGAAGAAAGUCUAUCGUUCAUUGAUGGUUGUUAUUUGGCUCGUGGCUGCAGGCCUGGCCGCGCCUAUUUUAUAUGCGUACCGGAUCAAAGAGUUCUCAGGCAUGCUUUACUGUGACGAGGACUGGUCGCCGGCGUUUGAUACUACGAGAGCUAGUAGAGUUUACACGAUAUUUCUAUUCGCCGUUGCGUACUGUGUACCAUUUGUGGUUAUGUCGGUGAUGUACUCGGUGAUUUGCAGGCAGCUUUGGAUGAGGAAAAUACCGGGUGAACAGGACAUCGAAAAGAGCAAAAAAGCUCUGGAGUCACGGAAAAAGGUUGUAAAGAUGCUUAUUACAGUGGUUGUAUGUUUCGUCUUGUGCUGGCUCCCUGUGCAAGUUGCCACUUUUCUAUGGGACUACUCCGGUGUGGAAAUCUCUGUGGACUUGAAUUUUAUUCUUAUGUUUCUAAUGCGCUCCCACUCUGCCGUCAGCCCUUGCAUCUACGCUAUCUUCAGCCAAAAUUAUCGCCAAGGCUUCAAAAAGUCUCUAUGCUGUGGACAUUUUAUUGGAGAAGGUGGACGCGAGGAAUUCAGUGUAAGUUAUAAUUCACACACUCAGGAGGCCUUACUUAAAACCAAAUCUGGUAGGAAGCGUAGUCCAAGCGUUGAUUGGGAUAAUAAAGCAUCGUAUCAUCGGAGGAACGGAAAAUACAACCAGCGACCGAACUGCCGGGAUCUUUCUCUGCCGAAUUAUGACCAGUUAAAAACGGGUGUGGCUACCAGGGUAUGACGUCAUGGGCCUGAAAGGGAGGUAUGACGAGACUGUCAUGCCUUACCUCUGCCCAAUUAUGACCAGCUAAAAGCGGAUGUGGCAACAAGCGUAUGACCCCAUGGACCCGAGAGGGAGGUGUGACGUUAUGUUUGUAACGUCAUAAUUCGUAUUGAAUUCGGUUAAGCCACUAUUCAUCUAAUAAAUCCCCAGGAAUCCAUAGCUUUGCCGCUGACCGCCAUGCACUACAUCUCAGAUAAUGACCAUUCUAAGACAAAAAUAGCAGGCGUCCAAAAUUUAAGUAUGAUAUUGACAAUGUCGCUUGAUCUGCUGAUGGAAAUAAAUGCUGAGCUAAAAA